AUGAUUAUCUACAAGGACAUCCUCACCGGAGACGAGAUCAUCUCGGACUCCUACGACCUCAAGGAGAUCGCUGGCACUGUCUACGAGGCUGACUGCGCCAUGAUCACUGAGGGCACUGUCAACGUCGACACCGGUGCCAACGCUUCCGCCGAGGAGGCUGACGAGGGUGUUGAGGACGCCGAGGUCAAGGUCAACAACAUCGUCCACUCUUUCCGUCUUCAGUCCACCCAGUUCGACAAGAAGAGCUACUUGACCUACCUCAAGGGCUACAUGAAGGCUGUCAAGACCGCCCUCCAGGAGAAGGGUGCCGAUGAGGCCAAGGUCAAGGAGUUCGAGACCGGCGCCUCCAAGUUCGUCAAGGAGACCCUCCUGCCUAACUUCAAGGACUUCGAGUUCUACACUGGCGAGUCCAUGAACCCCGACGGAAUGGUCGUCCUCCUGAACUACCGUGAGGAUGGUGUCACCCCCUACAUCAUCGUCUGGAAGCACGGUCUUGAGGAGAUGAAGGUUUAA